UCUCGCGAUGAUAGCCACGCGAUUCGACGGGAAUUUCUGUGUCACGUGACCCGGAUGAGCACGUCUUGGCGCUGUGGCUUCAAGGUUUUGCACUGACUUGCUGGAAGUGGAGGAACUUCAUCGUGGACACCAACAUGACCCACCGUGAGAUUAGAUCUGAAGAGUCUUCUGCGACUUCCCUUCUGCAAAUCCAAGAAGAUGAUGAUCUCCGCUGUCCGCAAUGUCUCAUUAGCUUUCGGUCCGCUAAGACCAAAGAGACCCACAUUAAGAGGAAUCACCCGGAGCAGUACACCAGGCAUCUGAUGCAGAACGACACGCUGUUCUCGUGUUACAAGUGCGAUAAGCUUUUUGCUUCCCCUGAGGAACUCAGAGUACACAAUGGGCUCCACUACCAGGUCGAUGACAUCCCUGUCUGCUCUUCCUGCUCCCAAGUCUUUGCCAACUUUAAUGAGCUUUACAAGCACAAAAGGAAAGGCUGCGUGCAAGACGUGUGGCAUUGUCGAGACUGCAAGGUGGACUGCCCCAAACUACUGGACUUUCAUUUGCACUGCAUCGAAGCGCACGACCAGGACGUUGUGUCGGCAGCGCAAAGCGCCGGGCGGCUGUGCUCCAUCUGCGGGUGCCACUUCCUCACCGACGAGGCGCUGCGGAGCCACCAAGACCGGGUUAAAAGCGGCAAAAUGAAGCCCACCCCUAAACGCCACCUCCGAGCUAAGACAAAGAAGGUGAGCGGCAAGAAGAAGAAGAUGGAAGAGGAGGACGAAGAGGAGGAAGAGGAGGAGACAGAGGAAGAAGAGCUGAAGAUUCCGUGCCCUAAAACAGACUGUGAUUUGGUGUUCCCGUCCAUUGACGCCUUGAGGGCACACAAGAGGAAGAUGCACUGAGCAUGCCAGAAACGCCAGUCUGCACAGAACUACUGUUUGUCUUCAACACCAUAGCCUUUUUUUUCCCACAUCAAUGGCCAUUUUAGUUGUUUUGAAGUCCUCAGAAGGCCAAAUGGAUUUCAUGUUACAAAAGCACAAGGUUAUUGUGAAGUUUGAGCAUGUUUUUUUUGUUCAAAUAGAGUUUUUAAUAUCAAUAUCUAUAGCAUUUGACUGAUCAGUGCUUUUAGGUUAAUGAUUAAAUUUGUCUGGGAUAAACAUCCAUGUUUGUUUAUCAUCAAGUGUGUAUUCCCUAAAAGAUUUGUUUUGAAUUUUCUUGAGACUGCAUCAAGUUUGUUGAUACAGGUUUGUUCACCUGCUUGUAUGUGUUUACAUAUAUUUUAAAUGUCAUUAAAUAGGAUGAAUUAUUUAAAUUAAA